GGGCGGCCGCGGCUCGGCAGGCUCCGGCAGGCGGAGACCCUCGGGUGGCCAGGACCGGGGAUGGGGUUUGCAGCCGAGGCUGCGGGGCAGGAUUUAGAAAGUCGUCCGCUUCGGCCACCGGGGUGGCGGUGUGGAGCGACGCGAGCGCCCGAGUCGGCUGCAUGGGGUCGGGCUCAAAACCGGGCCUGGGCGCCGCACGUCCCCUCCCCAGCCGCGCGGGGGUUAGGGAUGCUCGGUAGAGUCUCCCACUUCACUGCCACCAAACGGACGGUGACUGCGCUUAAUGCUCUACUUCGCUACGCAGCCUUGGGCGUCAACGUCGCCGACUGUCCACUUUAAGGUCGGCACAAGAGCUCAGCCGGUACAAGGCACCCCACGCCCGUGUGCACUCGCCCUCCCUGGCGCCCCAUGACCGUAGGGCCCCACAGGAAGGACACAGCACGGGCCAGGGGAAAGCGGCGCUACGGGGGAAGAGGACCGGAAACUCGCAUCUCCCUUCCGGGAACCGGCUGCCACCGCCUUCUGCCUUUUAAGGCGGAGCUCCGCACGGCGACGGGGCAAGGCUAGUGCGCUUGCGCGGCGCGGGUACCCUCCCGGAACCGACUCAGCAGAGAUAGACAGAAGAAAUGGCCCUGGUACCCUAUGAGGAGAGCGCGGCAAUAGGGCUCCAGAAAUUCCAUAAGCCUCUCGCCACCUUCUCUUUUGCGAACCACACCAUCCAGAUCCGUCAGGACUGGAGGCAACUGGGAGUUGCUGCAGUGGUGUGGGAUGCGGCUGUCGUUCUUUCCAUGUAUCUGGAGAUGGGUGCUGUGGAGCUCAGGGGCCGCUCUGCUGUGGAGCUGGGCGCUGGCACAGGGCUGGUGGGCAUAGUGGCUGCCCUGCUGGGUGCUCAGGUGACUAUCACGGAUCGAAAAGUAGCAUUAGAAUUUCUGAAGUCAAACGUUGAAGCCAACUUACCUCCCCAUAUCCAACCUAAGGUUGUUGUUAAGGAGCUGACUUGGGGACAAAAUUUGGAAAGUUUUUCACCUGGAGAAUUUGAUCUCAUACUUGGAGCUGAUGUCAUAUACUUAGAAGAUACCUUCACAGACCUUCUUCAAACACUGGGACAUCUCUGUAGCAAUAACUCUGUGAUUCUUUUAGCUUGCCGAAUCCGCUAUGAACGGGAUAGUAAUUUCUUAGCAAUGCUGGCGAGGCAAUUCACCGUGAGUAAGGUUCACUACGAUCCUGAGAAGGACGUAUACAUUUACAAAGCACAGAAGAGAAACCAGAGGGAGGACCUGUAGUGGGCAGUAUUUUCUAAGACUUGAAUGUGCUAGGUAAGGUCUUACAGCUAGAACUCUUAACCAUGUUAAUGCCAUGGCCAACUGCAAGUCAUUCCGCUCAGAGCUGCUCAAGGAACAAAGCACAUGUGUACUUUGUAGACAGUGCCUUGCCUCAUUGCUGUAACUGUCAGUCAGAUUGGCUCCCUGCUGCAAGUGGACAUGUGAGGUCUGGCUGGUGUUCUUUCCUUACCCUGAGUGCUCACUAAUGGAGAGUGGUGGAAAAGGGUUUCUAACCUGGAGAGUCGGUCAUACAUUCUGGGAUGGAUUUUGUCUCAGUUUUCUUGUCUGUUAAGUGUAAAUGGAUUUAUUACAUAUAUUCCCUGAAAAGUUUGUACUGUUGGGAGUCUCUUGUGUUAGUCUUGUUUUGUUAGAUAAAGCCUUACUCUUUGGCCCUGGGCUGGUCUGAAACCGUAGGCCAGGCUGACCCCAAGCUUGCAGUUAAUUCUCUUCCCUCUGCCGCCGACUGCUGGCAUUACCGGUGUGUGCCAUGCCACCUGGCUGACUUAAGCACCUUGAGAUGAAGAUGAGUUUUCUGGGUCUCAUAUCAUACCUUUUUACCAGAUUUCAGGAUUAAGUAUAUAAGCAAAGAAAUAAAAAUAAAAUUUUACAUUUGAAAUUAACUUGUAGGUUAAAAAUUACUUCUAAAACCAUGCUUUUGUUUCAACUUUGCUGUUUUUCAGUUUUGCUGUAUCUAUUUCUUAGGUUUUUUUUUUUCCCCUUCUAGUAUGUCAGUUUUUCAAAGUUAAAUCUCAUUUCUUCACAAAGGUUAGCUCCCAAGGUGCCCAGUCUGUAUUGUACCUAUAAUCACUCAUUCCAUCUAAGGCUCCUGGUGGGCUGCAAGCUCCUGGCAGGCCUUGCAGUUUUGCUUCCCCAGGGUCCAGUAAAAACCAAGUCAUCAAGGAGAAUUCCAGUUAUAGGUAAUUGAUGUUUCAUGGUGCUAGGGAUCAAAACCAGGGUUUUACAGACACUCGGCAAACAUUAGCCUUGAGUUAUUACAUCCCCAGCCAGAUAUUACUUGUCCCCCCCCCCCCCGAGUAGACUUUAUGAAUAAUGUUAUCAGUACAAGCUUCUCCUUUUACAUUAAAGCUUAACUAAAAGCUCAAGCAGUUUAGAGCACAGGUAUAACUGUACAGUGGCAGUGGGUAACAGACAUUUGCUGAAUAGACUAUUCAAAGGAAGACCUCAUUUUUUUUUUAAUUAAAUAUUUUGGAUAUAA